GCCCACCCCGCUCCCUCUCCACUUCUCAUUCUGCUCAGUCAGACAGGCGGGCUGAGAGCGGGAGCGCAUAACAACAUUACAAGGCUCUGCGUGAAAACAAACAGUGGUGUUGGCAUGAGCUGUUACGGGAAUCCCCUCCAAGCCUCCCUCCUCGGGCUCCGGACGCUGAAAACGUGAGAAGAAGAAGAAGGCUGCAGCGUCAAAAAAAGAGGACUUACAAAAAUAAACACUGAGGGUCAUCUCUCCGGAGCCCCCUAUAGUGGGAAAACACUCCUCGAACAUACCUUACACAUCUAUCCAUUACCGAGCAUAGGAGACGCUGACAGAAGCGCGAGACAGGCGGAAAGAGAAGAGGGGGAGUUGUUUUGGAGAACAAGAGCAAGCGUUCAGAGACAGAGGGAGAGCCUGGGUGAGGGGAGGAAGGAUGGACGCCCUCAUUCCUGCGCUGAGGAAUCACCCAGGGCCGGUAGUGCUGGUAUUUUCUCUGCUUUUCAGGGUGGUCCACCGGUUGCUUCAAAGGCUGCCAGUGCCCAACGUGGUGAAGCAGAAUGAGCUCCACUCGUGGAAGUGGAGAAACCUCUCUGUCUCCAUGGUGCACUCCACGCUGACCGGAGUAUGGGCCCUGACCUGGUGAGUCUCAAUCAAAACAUCUGUCUGCACAUCCAGCGACACUGGGACACCAUUGUCUAUUCACAGUGCACAUGAUGUGUUAUGUGUGUGAGUGUGUGUGUGUGUGGGUGUGUGUGCAGCAGUGACAGUCUGUGGCAGCCAGUAGAAGAAGGGCAUGUUCAGACAGGGUGAGGGACGGGGGAGAGACAAUGGCAUUUAUAAGUUGGGAGGGAAAUGCCACUGUACGGCAUGAGACACACAAAGAUCUUAUUGCUUGUGCUGGUGAGUUUGUGUGCCAGUGUUUUCGACAUGGUUUUCAGCUAACAGACAGGGCUACUUAAGAAACAGCCCUCAGAUAUAACAACUGGAAAAACCUGCUGGAGUAAUGAUCCUUUCGAAAGCAUCAUGAAAAACUUUUUGGGGCGGGGACACACACAUGUGACUCAUUUCUAAAUGCUAAGAAAUAGGAACAAGGUCACAUUUUUUAGCUAUUUGCAAUGGCAUGUUACAAUUGCUUCACACUAUAGGUGAUAGUAUGAGUUAGCUUUGAUUGAUAACUUCAGUGGAGAUGACAGAAGUUGGACAAAGUUCUUUUGCACACCCCAUGGGCGAGCAUGUGUAACAGGACACACAAGACUAUUGGUCAUUUAUUAACAAAAUCUCAUCUCAAGUGUUUAUAUAGGGAGGGGAUACAGGAAAAUAUUACUUUUUGAGGUGUGUCCCUUUUUCUGAAGAGCAGUAAGAAAAAAGGAAGAAUAAUGAAGAGUCAGGGUCUGAUAUUAAUGUCCCUGCUUAGUCAGGCUUUUCUCUCCAGGAGUGAGCCCAUGUUUGUCUGAGUGAGGCGAAUACAGACCCACCUAUCCAUAACAUGUGUCCCUCUCCAGUGCAUUGGUUUGGCCCGAGACGCUGAGCAACAUCCACUCGUUCCACACCCCUCUGUCCUACCUGCUGGUCUGUGUCUCAACAGGUCAGUAAAUGCAUCACACAAGACACAAACAUUUAAGAGUAAAGGUUACAUAACUGUAGUUAGGUUUUACUGUCUGAAAGGUGGUGCACCAUCUUCAUACGCUCUAAGAAUCAUAUAAAUUUAAUUAUUAUUUUUUCCCCCCAGUAGAUUCAAGAAACAAUAAAUGUCAUCAGCCUGUAAAGAGAUUUUUUCCCCCACUUAAAAAAACAGCCUUAGCUUAAAGUAGUUAUAUUGUAUCUACUGAGAAUCUAUCAUUCAAAUUUUGUCUUGUGUUGCGUUUAAAUGGGUCGAAUCUUUAUGUUUGAGAAGCUGGAAACAGCAGCUGCUUGACAUUUCUCAGUUCAGCAUCCAGUGUGCAGAUGUAGUUUGAUGCAUGGAGGGAAAAUAUGGUGGGGUUGUUCUUGAUUUGCAGCAUUUUCUCUCCUCCCUCUUGUUCCUGGGGGAGUUAAACUGCCACCCUCCACUAGCUGCUUUCCAGAGAAACCACCUUAAGAUCCGCCCCUCUCACCUGAUUCUUAGAACAGGCGAAUGGGCGUCUCCUCUCAAUCACUAUAGACACCAAAGACAAUCCGCUGAGGACUAUGUGGUCUGGUUUUGAGCUGUAUGAUUUGGUGGUGUGUGUGUGCUUCUAUGUUACCAUGAAGACAUAAAUCUGUAGAGAUCUGCCCUGACAACCACUAACAGCUAUAAGCUCCGCAGAGACCGACCAGAUACUGGAGGUCAUGCUCUUAAAACACAGGGUCUGGUUGUGUGUCGGGCCACAGCCACAGCGUGCCAAUCAUACAGAUGCACAAAGACUCUUAGUCAGUUCGAUACUCCGGGCUGAAUGAGGCCUGUAAAGUGUAAUAACCGUAGUUAAUGUUGUGGAUAGCUAAGAGGACAUCUUUUAAGAAUGGUGGAGAGGAGAGACAAUUUCAUGUGCUGCUGGAUUAGUUCAACAAAAAACAGACUCCCAAAGAUGGUGAUUUUCACCACCUUUUUUUAUGUUGUAUUCAGCCUUUGGAAGGGUUAAUGGGCAUCUUACAGUACAUGAUGACCAAAUUAUUGAUCAACAGUAUCAAAAUAGUUAUUUUGAGGCACCGUAUUACACUUUGUGUUCUAAACAGGGAUCAAAAACUAAAUGUUAUACUCUAUAUGAAAGGCACCAUGAGGAGUUUUAAACCAGUUCCAAAUUUACACUUACAUUCAGCAACUGAACAUUUGAAAUUUUCACCUGUUUAACCAUUAAAAUAACAUUAGACUUAGCGUUUCCCUCCAAAUUUAAGUCAGUCAAACUCUUAACAGAUGCAGCAAAUAAAAUCGGUGUCUGUUUUCUUCAAUUUAAUUAAUGUCCCUUUUAAUUGUCUCCAUGUGUUUUAACAUCCCUGGCUAGAUUUUGCAUCAUUUUCUUUACCUCUCAUCUACUUUUCUCUGGCGGCUGGUCUGCCAAACCUCAAGUUUUGUGCUCAACAAAUACUGAGGGAGUAACGUUAAAAUUAUCCUCCAUGUUGUCUACAAAUACUCUCUGAAACUAUCGUUUUUUUGUUGACAGAAGAGAUGAAAUUGUAAACUUAAUAAAUAAACUGGAUUCUAUCUGUAGAUUUUGAGAUGGUAUGAGUGAUCUGAUUGUUCCAGUUAUUACUUUGAUGAUUCAGAAUUAGUAAUCAUUAUUAUGAGUUUGUAGAGUUGGAGUGACAAAAAAUCUUUUAUUAGGGAGCUAAUGUAAUUUAUCAACCUGUACUCAUGAAGAGACCAUAAUAAGAAGUCAAAUCUAAGAGAUUGCUCUAUCAGUGUGUGCGUCCUUAGAGCUCAGAUAUCUCACUUUGUCUGAUUCAUUACUCAUGAUAUCAGUUUGUAUCUUUAGGAGUGCGGUUCAUGCUAAACCAAUACACUCACUCUGACUGUCAACCACAGAUUUGUCUGGUUUAUCUUGUCACACCUGUCCGGUUUCACUUCUAACCACGCCACCUCAGCCAGCGUUGUACUUCCAGUCACGUAACUUGUUGGUUUUUGUCACUUCAGGGAGGUGAUACGCCUCCCCCUACAGCACAUAGCUUUCUAUCUGAUUUCUUGUUCUCUUUGUAGUUUUUAUGUUACUAAAGUUAUGAGAAAUAAACACUAGAAACUAAGGCUUAUCAUGAUUCAAGUGUAAACUUUAGAAACUUUUUUUCAUAAAAGUUAGUAUUAUAUUUAUAUAAGUUAUAUUUGCAGCAAGACAUUGGACCUCAGACAAGUUCUUCUGCUGUCAUUUAAUAGUAUUUAUUUGCUCGGAUUAGUCAACAGUGAAUGACUUCAAACAAAAAAAAACAAACAGGAGACCAUUGUCUUUGUUGUUUGUAAAGAUCCAUGUUUGUAAGGAUCCAUGUUUGCUUACUGUUUUAAUCCUAAUAAUGAUCUUUUCCUGAUUUGAGCUGAACAUAAACACGACCUGACAAUACUGCUGGUGUUCACUGACAAUCAGCCUAACACCAUUGUUCAGUUUUCAAACUUGCUCUGAAAGACUUAUCCUUACAUAUAAACACAUACUUAUGAUAUUAAUUUCACAAAUUAAUUCCAUAAUGUCAUCUUACAUGCUGUUUUGUUUUUGCUUUUGAGAAUAACCUGCAUCUAUGAUGUGUAUGUGAUAGCUGAAACAGGCUGGAAUAUGGUACAGAAACAUCUCCACUAAAAACUAGUUCAAAGUUUAUUUCUUUCCAUAACCUGAUCUACUUUAAAUCUUUGUUUUGGAUUAUCACACACAGAGUAUGUCAAUUUCUCUAAAUUUCUUGAUUAUAGACUUUCUGAUAGAAGUUAAAAGAUGCACAUCCAACUGAUUUACCCUCUAAUUAUCACACUGGUGACGGAUAUCUUUCUCCUCUUUUUAGGAUACUUUGUGCAGGAUGCAAGUGAUAUUAUUCUGACAGGACAUGGAAAAGGAUCAUGGGAAUUCUUACUCCAUCAUGUACUGGUAAGACAGCAAGCCUUUACUUAUUGUUUUCAACUCUGAAAUAUGCAUUUGUGCAUAUUGGCUUUAAAAUUUGCAGCCUCUGUAGCUGUUUUGGACUUUAUACUAUUUGAUUUUAUCUUUGCUCAGUGUCUGUGCAUUUGAGUUUGUUGCUCCAAAACUGUGGAACUCUCUCCCUCGAGAACUGAGGACUGUGGACACUGUAAAAAAGCGGUUAAAAACCCAUUUGUUUACACCUUUAUACAACCAGGACUUUGGCUACUCGUGUACUUUUUAUUGAUUUUUAUGUCUUGUUGUCUCACCCUUUUACAAAACAGUGCCGCUAUAAAAGAAAGUUUAUUAUUAUUAUUGUUAAAGUAAUCCUAAAUAGGGGACUCAUAACAGGGGGAACAGUGUGUUACCACUGAGCAGAAAGUCAGUGUAACUCACACGUCAACAGACUCUUUAAAGCGCUCUUCAGGAACUUAGUUAUACUUUGAAAGCACACCAUGCUGAAGAUUUUCAGCUCUGAGUAUUUUCUCAGACCCUCUAUAUGUUUUCAUGCCGUCUAAUGUCAAACAUGCAACAACACUUUAUCUGCAGUAAUGCUAUUGUUACGCAGUUAUCAAGUCAAGCCAAACUGACAUUUUUUACCCCCUUACAAGCGGGGAUUGAGGAUUAAUGAAACAACCAAACAAACAAAUCUGUAUUUUGCAAUCAGUGUGCCAGAGAGUCUGGAUAAUCCACAUGCCUCCCUAUUAAAACCAGUAUGAAAAAAAAAACAUGUCCUGGAUGAGCCAGAGUUACAGGGACAUUUAUUCCUACCCUCACAAGUGUUUUAGUUCACCUUUUGUCGUAAAAACCCUCUCUGAGAUCCUUUCCAUCAUCAAGCCCAACUCAUGGGAUUACCGAGCAAUAUGAAGAAAGAGCCUGUCAGUAGAGGAGGACUAAUAAAGUUAAAAUGCAAAUAAAGGCAAACAUUGUCUGAGGAUAUUAGCUGUUACCUGUAAACACCUCUGCCUCUCUGUCACUCUCCUCCUCAGGUGAUCUCCUCCUUCCUGUAUGCCCUCUACACCCAGCUGUAUGUGGCCGGGGCUGUGAUCGCUCUCUUCGUGGAGGUCAACAGCGUCACUCUGCACCUGAGGCUGAUGCUGAAGCUGGCAGGCGCUCAGUACUCCUCCUUGUACCACUUCAACAAAUAUGCCAACAUUUUGACCUACGUCAUCUUUCGUCUGGGCACCCAGUUCUACCUCACCUGGUACAUCAUCGACAACUACUCCUGGCUGGACCAUGGCACAUAUUUUCUAAUCGCCAUUAUGUUGAUGAAUAUUAUGAUGCUGAUUUAUUUCCACCGCCUGCUCCGUGCUGACUUCUCGGUGAGGAAGAGCUCUGCGGAACAAAAUGGGACACAAAACAACUCCAGAAAGUUCCUCAGUGACUGACGAGGUUUACAGAACUAUGUUACAGUUUCGUUUAGGAUUGAUGUUAAGCUUUUUCUCGAACUGACACCAUUUCUCAUGACAGCGGGUUCUCUCUGUUGGACCAAAGAUGAACCUCCAGUAAGAAGCUCGGCUGUACAAGCUGUGGUUUUAAUCAGGUGCCUCAAUAAGGUGAAGAUAGAAAAGUCAUGUUUGGCUUUACAUGGGGAAGAUUAAGAUGCAAUACUGUUUUAAUGGAAGCAAAAAAAUCCAGGUGAAAUCCUGGCUGCAUUUUUAAACCAUUGCAGCACUAAUGAUUCAUCAUCAUUUCCCCAUUACCUUAAAGAAGAAUUACACUUUUUUUGCUUUCCAGCCAAAGUUAAAUGAGAAGUUUGAUUCCCCUUUUUGUGUGUUUGUAGUUACACAACUUGUUUAUUGAUAAACAUAUUAAUAUAUAGAUAUAUCCCUUGGUAAACUUUGAGUCCAGAUUUAGGGCUUUAGAGGUGCUGAUAGACAAGCUUUCUUAGUCGGGCCAACAAAUACUCCCAGUUAUUCGUCUAAAUGCAAAAUUGAGCUUACUGGUAACGGCUAAAGCCUUUUGUAUAUGUCCUUCAAUAAAAACUGCCAAUCUUUACAUCAAACUCCCAAAUGAGAGUAUAGGCUAAUAUCUUACACAACUUCUAAAGCCAGAAAGAAAACUAAUUCAGCUUAUUUUUUGACUUUUAAAGUGAUGAUAAAACACUCCAUCCGGAAAAUUGAGUGAAAUCUGCUUUAAACCAUAGUGAACCAUAGUCUCUGGACUGCUGUUUCACAUAGCGAGCGUGAUACUCUGAAACUAGCGUAGUCUGACAGUGCUUCAAGUUGACAGUCUGGUUCGUGCCAGAAUGGGCAUCAUUGGUGCUUUGAAUAGCCUAAAUAUUUGCUAAUACACUGUCAAUAUGAAACUACAGUCAGCAGGCGCUCAACUUAGUUUAGUAAAAAAGUCUGAUAAUGGGGGUAAACAGCUCCUGGCUCUGUUCUCAGAUAAAGGAAAAUCUACCUGAUGUUUACCUAAGGUAUAGCUGUGUUUUUUUACAAGCUUAUGAGCAGAUAUAUUCUGGUUCCUUACAGACAGACUGGCUAAAGUCAGGCUGUUAACACCUGACUGAAGUAUUUGUUCAGCGAGCAAACUUUAUCACGACUAGCUCAAAUAUCCUUUACAUUACACUCACCUGAAUGGAGGUUUUUUAAAGAUGUGACAACUAAUGUCAAAUUGUCCCUUUUUUGAAAUUCCUGUCUAUCAGACUGCAUUCAGUUUUGCGUCACGUUGAGAUGUAGAAGUACUGUUGAUCAUCUCAGCAGCAAACCUACUUUUAAAAUGUUCAGCUGCUUCUUUAGUGUUUAGAAACUGUGUGAUAAAUACAGUAGUUCCACACAUUUGAUAUUUGAAACUGCAGAAAGCAGUUGUUAACAGUCUCAAAAACACAACACAACGUAACAAGGAUUUCCCUUCAUUGGACACACAGCUUUGCUGGCAGCAGUCCCAUAUUUGAAAAGAUUGUCCUCUCUUGGUCUGUAUGAUGCCAUUUGUGGUUGAAUGGAUACAGAAUGGGGGCUAUUUUAUAUAACGUUUCUACCAGCCAGGUCAACUGAUAACACAGACGUCUGCAGGAAUAUCUCUAGUCGUCUUCUGGAUCUCAUACAAGCCGAUAAAGUCUGUUAGUAUUUGUGACAAGUGGAGCUGAUAAUGGUAAUUGCUCUCAUGAGUAGCAGCAGCACAAUCAGUACUUAUACUGCUGAGAUGUGAACUGUUAGUUUGUCUGACUGUUGGUAGAACAGCACCACAGUGUGGUUGGUUUGCUCAUUUUCCAUAUGGUAACACGUUUUGAGGAAAAGUCGUUUCUUUCAGGACAUGGAAUAAAAAGCUUCAGGUGUUCAGCUGCCCUCAGUGUGGGCAUACAUCGUUUUGUAAAUUAUGUCAUGUAGUGUGAAUCCCUUAAUAAAAACUCAUUAGUGGGCUUAUAAUCUCCAAAUAAUGCCUGAAGAAGUUCUGACAAAGGAAUUUAAAAACCCAGAGAUCUUUGUUUUUCGUUUUGUGUUGGAUUCUAGUGAGUCCAAGCAGACAUGGAUGAAGUUUGAAUGUGCCUGAUCUGCGCUUUUGUGCCUUUGCCACUGUGCCUUUUAAAAAAUAUAUGUACAACUUCAAAGCAAAAGACUGUGUACGUAUGAGAAAGCACCAUCAAUAUAGGACCUGUAAGAUCUUAUGAAAGCCAAAUGGAGAUUAUCUUAAUUUUUUUGGACUAGUCAUAUGAAAUGUGUCAAAUACAAAAUGGAGUUUUUGGACCCCUGUGUUGUCAAUGAUGAAAUGAUACAGCAAAUUAAAAGAGUCCUUAAGAUUACGGAGGUGUUGAUGUAUGGUUUUGUGAAAUGUUUCAGCUCUUACUCAAAGUCUGAUUCAAACAGAAGAAAAAUUGUAAUGUAUUUGAUAUCUAUUCAGGAGUUUGAGCUUAUAGAGUAAUUUUAUAAUGAGUUUUUACCAUCAGAUUGUCACUACAUUUUGCAAUGCUCUAUGGGAAAUUUUGAGUCGCCUAUAUGGGGCAUUGGAAUCGAUCACUGAGGUUUCGGACACCUCUGAAAAUGGCGCUAACCCCCAUAUAGUCGCCUAUGUAGAGGUUAGGGAUCCAUUUUGGACACAGCCUUGGACUCUGUCUCUCUACUCUCCAUGACACAGUUGUAUUGGCACACCGCCAUUAGUGUUGACAUAUUAAAUCAGUGAAUUUAGAGCCAGUAAGUAUUACAGUCAACUACAUCCAGAAUACAAAAUAAUGAGAUUAUAGUUUACUUCUGCAUAUCAUUUUCCUUAGACUCAACUUUGGUUUUUGCUUUUAAAUACAUUUUACAAAAAGGAUAAGUGGUAAGUAUUUUCAACAUUACAGUCUUUUGAAAAAAACAAAACAAAAAAAAACCACAUGAAGUAGGCUGUACUGUAUGUGUUGACAUUACCCACAUCACAUCUGCUUUGACCACUGACUUUAGAUCUAGCCCACUGUAUCAUUUAGCAUAUAAAGGGUGGCAGAAGUAAGAAGGCUAACCCCAAUAUCAUUGUACAUUUUAUAUAAUCUGAAAAAAAGACAACAAUCAUACCUGUGAACCAGAAUGACGAGGGAAACCUUAGUAAAUUCAGCCUCGCAGCCUUCCCUCCUCUCCUACACAGACAGAAACACGGGCUAGUUUAACUGAAUGAACAUAAGUUGGCACGAGUGACGCUAAGCGGACACAACACGACAAAACUAACACUCGGGAUGAUACAUGAGUGAAAAGAAACUAAAAACUGUUUAAUAAACACACCACGAAAAGUAAAAGUACACACAAAAUUUUGGAGAAAUCAAUAAUUAGCCAACAGACACCUACCUCCAUUAAGGAUGCCAACUCAAAUACUAAGUAGAAGAAACCAACGAAGAAGAAACAAACAGGAAGCGGGAGUCUGCGCGUACAAAUAAAUCAAAUCCACAAAAAGGUUGAACAGUCACACAUAAAAACACACAUAAUUUUGGUAAUUAAAGUAGAUAAAUAAAUAAUGUACAUUUAACCUUGUUACAUAUACACCGAGAGGAAAACAAGUAAUUAAAAUCAAAGGGUUUGUGCUCAAGUCCUCUUUUUUUCUGUAUAGCUCCGUUUUUAAAAGUUAUUAGGGGGUUCAUGUUUUCUAUGAUUGACACCUGAUGUAGGCUAUUGGCGUUCAGGGAUUGCAUAGCUCAGCCAAGGGAUACACUGUUUGAGCUGAGCGUCAUCAUAGCAACUCUCAGCGACUCUCCCGUCGAAUGCGCACACUGCUGCUGGGCAGCACUGGUUUCAGGAAAUGAAGAAAAAUCCUGGACAUACUGAGAGAUUUUUGGCUUCAAAUUCGUAUACAGGCGGGAGGCGGAACCAAGUUGUCCAUAGUAUAUACAGUCUAUGGAUGUAACGUGAUCUUCACUUCCAGCAGGUAUUGGCAGUUGAUCUAAUAAACUGCAAAUGCCUGAUACAAUGAGAUUUGAAUACACCACGC